AUGAACUUUUCACGGUGUCAUUGCUAUGUGAGGUUUUACCCUCUGGGUCAAGUUGUCUCGCCUGUUGCGGCCUUUGAUCACCGCUGUCCCAACGCUCUCGUGCCUCAGAUCUUCGACCCUCUGGGCCUAUCCGACGGCGCUGCCCCCGGGGACAUCAAGAAGUGGCGCGAGGCCGAGAUCAAGCACGGGCGUGUGGCCAUGCUUGCGUCCCUUGGUGUCAUCGUCGCAGAGCAAUACCACCCAUUCUUCAUGGGCCCCGACUACAUUGGCCCCGCCGUGGACCACUUCCAGGAGAUCAGCGCCCAAUUCCCUGAGUUCUGGGCGUUCUCCCUCCUGGGCAUGGCCUUCGUCGAGUACAACACCAUCAUGACGGCCUUCGACACCCCCAGCGCUGUCACCGGCGAGGGCGGCCUGAAGGAGGACUACAUCCCGGGAGACCUCGGCUUCGACCCCCUCAACCUCAAGCCCGACGACGAGGCGGCUCUGGACGUGAUGAAGACCAAGGAGCUCAACAACGGCCGUUUGGCCAUGAUCGGUAUCGCCGGCAUGUUGGCACAGGAGCUGGUGAACCCGGCCGACAUCCUCGGCUAGAUUGUUUUACUUUGUCGGUUGGGGAAUAUUUUGGGAUACACGUUUAUAUAUUUUUCGUUAAUGUAUUGGUGUGAAUGGACCACGUGUGGUCGUGCGCUUCUGUCCGUGUUUUAUGCUUGCGGUCUGAGAGGAUGAAUUGUAGUUGGGAGAUGCUACCUACCGUAUUGUUACGGCUUUGUCUCGCGAUCGUAGAUGCUGAUGUGAUACGGAAGUUCCUUGAUGCUUACGUUUUCAACUGUAAUUUGCUUUUGUCCGGAAGGAUUGGUGAGUGUCGGCGGAGGGAAGAAUCUGUGUCGCUCUUGCCAUGAUGGUGAGAAAGAUUUUUUGAUGUUGUUCAGCCGAGGCUAUUGCCGCUCAGGCUCACGAACAAUUUUGUCUCUGUUUUUCCUUUAGGUGAUGUUCGCCAUUGUGCUGUUUCCGUUGUUAUAUGUCUUCACUGUCCUGGUGUUGUCUAAACUUGAACGGUCAAACUUGAAAGCAAUAAAUGAGUAGUUUUAGCAUGGAGUGAUACGCCCCGGAAUGAUGUGUUUGCGAGUCUGACGUGUGUGGUGAAAAGAGUGUGUACAAGUACGUUCAUGUGUGUAGCCAAAGCUUUCGUACAGGCUUCCCUUCUCGCGGUGGGAUCCUUGGUUUGUUGCACUUGACACGGAUGCGUCACCUUGAAGCUUGCGUGCAGUGGCGUCCAAGGUGUGCCUCGUCGAGUUGUUGUGCGACGCGUGCGCCCUUGGUUAAAUUUUGUUGUGUGUUUGAGUAUCAUCAGAGGGAUGUUCCAUCCAGGUGAUGACCU